UCCACAGGUAUUAUUACCUAUAAUGUGUUAUUCCAAUCAAGCAUGGGAUACCCAAGUCUCCAUCUGGAAACCAUUUGUUUGCAGACACAUGGAUGGAGGGACAGACAGAAAGAUGGAAGGACAAAAUGAUAUACUACUAUUACUCAUGAUGCUCCUGGAAGUUUUAAAUGGAGCAUAAAAAGAAAUAUCUAUGUGAUUACUACAACGAAGAAUCAAAAAGGAAGUUAUCAUUCAGGAAAAUACAGUUCACAUACAACUAUAUAAGUGCUUUAUGAUGAGUCAAAGUUUAAAUAAAAUGCACACUAUGACAGGACAAUAAUUUGUAUUAUUGGAGCAGGAAUUGGUGGAACAUCAACUGCACAUUUUAUGAGAGAAUUAUUUGGUGAUGAAGCAAAGAUUGAUAUCUAUGAGAAAAACAAUGUUGGGGGUAGGCUAGCAACUGUUGCCAUGGGUGACCAGGAGUAUGAAGUUGGAGGAGCAAUCAUUCAUCCCAAAAAUAUGUACAUGGUUAAUUUCACAAAAAUUUUAGGUCUUGGCCAGACAUCACAUUCUGGAGGUACUCUAGGGAUAUGGAAUGAAGAGGAGAUGGUUGUAAAGACCAGUAAAUACAAAGUAGUUGCCAUGGCACAGUUACUAUGGAGAUAUGGAAUGGAUAUAUAUAAUAUACAGAGCUGGGUACAGAAUGAACUGAUGAAUCACUUUAUGAAAAUUUAUGAUAUACAGGCAGGUGGGCAUGCCUAUACCUCUGUUACAGAUUUACUUGCAGCCAUGAAUCCAAGAUUUGUUGAUUUUCUGUCUACCUCAAUCAAAGAUCUCAUGAAAAAAGAAGGGUAUUCUGACAGGUUUAUCAAUGAAUUGGUAAUGGGAGCUAUGAGAACCAAUUAUGGACAGACCACAGAUAUACCAGCAUUUGUUGGUGUUGUGUCUAUGGCUGGUAUUGAUGAUGGACUCUGGUCAGUUAAAGGUGGAAACAAAAAGGUUCCAGAACUCCUGGUCAAACAUGCAAAGGCUAAUCUUAUAGAAGGGGAAGUAAAAGUUGUCAGAUUGAUAGAGGAAGAUCCACCAUUGUAUGAAAUUGAUUACAAAUGCAAAAAUUGUGCUUCUAUGAAUGAGAUCAAGACUCGUGAAUAUGAUAUUGUAGUUGUAGCUAAACCAAUACAUCCUGACAUCAACUCUAUCAAGUUUGAAGGAUUCACAACAGAGAUUAAAAACUUUCCACAGAAAUAUCACGUAGUGACAGCUAACAUGGUUAAAGGUAGUCCCAAUGCUACAUAUUUUGGUUUAAAUUCUCCUGAUGAUUUUCCUACGGAAUUACUCACAGGAAGUGAUAAAGUUCACUUUAAUUCCAUUGGGAAACAUAAACCUGUUAAUGAUGAGGAUGGUCCUUCUGUGUAUAAAGUUUUUACCAAUACACCUCUAGAUAAACAGAAAGUUAAGACUUAUUUCAAUAAUGAAGACGAUUUACGUAUGGUAUUUUGGCGAGCUUAUCCGGAAUAUGAUUUUAAAGCAGAUACUUUACCUCCCUUUGUUUUACAUGAUAAGAUAUAUUAUGUAAAUGCUAUAGAAUUAGCGGCAUCAGCCAUGGAAAUGAGUGCCCUCUCUGCCAAAAAUGUGGCCUUACUAGCACACCACCACUGGACUGGUAACCUAGAUAAGAUAGAUGAACCUUAUGAUGUUAGAGGAGGCACAGAUAAAACAGAAUUAUAGGAAAUUAAUGAUUAUACUCAUUAUGAUUAAAAUUGCCAAUCAAUAUUACAAUCUGAUUAAAUAUUAUUUCUUAUUCUUUGAUUAUUUGAAAACAAAAUAAUCAUAAAUAAUCUUCAUUUUAUACAGGAGAAAUAAUCUUCAUUCUAUACAGGAGAAUAUGAUGCUGAUUUUUUUCCUUCAAAAUUAUAGUUUAAAUUUAUAUCUUUAUUGAAAUGAUAUGUAUGGUCUAUUUCAGACAUUUGUUGUUUACUUGGGAAAUUUUUAAGAUUUUAAUAAUUUUAUUUCAUCAACUUCUCUAAAAAAAAUUUAAAGAUAUUUUACUUCAUGACGGGCCUGUCUUAUGGUAAGGGCUGUUCUAUUUAAAUAUACAUGGUACCCAGUGAAGGCACUUUCAAAAUGAGGUAACCCUUUAUAGAGUCAAAUUUAGAAUUUCACUUACAUUGGGGUUGUCAAGAAACAGACAUCCCACUGGGAUUUAAGAUCCACCUCCAGUUCAUGUAUUGAUUUUGCCAUACACAUCUUUCAUUAGAAGAUCAUAACCCAUCAGGUAUACAAUUUGUGACAUCUUUAUUAGAUGUUAACGACAUGGGAUCAUUCAUAUUAAUUAGAUAAAAAGCUUAGUACACAGUUCCCACAGACAUUAUAACAGUAGAUGAACAUUUAUGUACCAUUGACAUAUAAAUAUCUACCUACUGUUAUAUUACGUACCUGAAAUUGUACCCCAUUGAUAUAUUUGACAUUCCAAAAAACCCAUUGUCUAUAUCUUAUAAUUAAUAUAGAAAGAGAUCCCCCUGAGUAAACAAUUGUUCAGUUUUAAUAUGAAUCAUUCCAUGUUCUUCUCAUGUAAAAGUCAGUAAAUUAAAUAAACAAGCUUGAUUACUUUUAUAAUGAAGACUUAUCUGUGUGUUGCAUACAUUGACUAAGCUUUUUGUACAUUUAGGUAGAUGAAUUUUUUAAAGGGACAUUUUUUAAUUUACUUGUAUAUGUAUAUGUUUGUAGAAUAUGAAUAAUAGACACAAUUGGUACUUAUGUGUUCAUAAUUGUUUUUUUUUUUAUUCAAAUUUGUAUUGUUUGUGUUGUGAAAAGAUGCCUGUCAGCUGGAAUUUUUAGUUGGAAGAAUGGCCAUGAUGGCUGUGUGAAAAAAAUUACAAACCAUUAUUAUUGUGCAAGUACAAUCUUAUGUACAAAACCAUGAACUAGAGGAUUUUUGAAAUUUGCAUCUAAAUGAUAUCGACUUAUGAGUUUGAAUGUCCCUUUGGUAUCUUUUGCCUUUCUUUUGCAAACAUAUAAAGCGGUUAACCUCCUUAUAUAAGGAAAUUUUUGGUAGUGGGUUUUUAUUUUUUUUAAAUGCCUAUUGCACUUAUUUUUUGUUGUUGUUGACUUUUUUUACAUUUUUUGCAUUAAAAAUAGGGUACUGGUAUUUAAAGACUUCCCCAAAAGAACUUCCAGAUGAAUGAAAUCGUUGAUGAAUUAGUUAACAACUACAUGUAGUAAGGAAACUUUGAUUCACUAUUUACUGGAAAUGAAAAAUCGGUACAGGAAAAAACACUUAGUUCUAUAGUAAAGGUAUAAUAGAUUUAAGCAACCAUAAACAAAACAAUAAUAAGUAAUAGCCUAAGAAUGCUCACAGUUACUGAAAGGAAAGCUCAAAGUACUUCACCUGCUCACAUGAAAUCAUGCAAUCCUACACUUUUUAUUAGAAGAUCAUAUACAGCAAUAGUAUAUCUAGUUUUCUUUGACUAUUAUAUGAGUUGAAACAUGAAGAUAUUUAAAAAUAAAUCCUUGAUAUAUAGUGGUCAAUUUUGUUUCUGAUAAGGAAAACUACCUUCAGACAAUUCAGCUCCUGAAAGUUGGUGCAUAAUGUCUUUUUUUUUCAGAUCAUAUAUAUGCUGCAAUGAAUAUAUUUCGAAAUCCAACAGUUUCAUACUUUUUUUGUCAUACCUUAAAUAUUCACUGCUUAUUAGUUUAUAACUGUAUCUAGAUGAGUUAUAUGCAAUUUUACUUUUGAAAAAAUCAGCAAUGUGUGGAUGUUUGUCAUUUCUUAUCAAUAAUACUGAUGUAAAGUUAAGUUAAAGAUCAGCAGAGUUCUUCAUAUGUGGACAUAAAAUUUGAUUUUUGUAUUUUUAUAAAUAAUACUGUCUUUUAAAUAUUUUUAAAAAGUAUGUAACAGUGAAGUUUUUCAGAGCAGUUGGAGAAGAGAAGUUCUUUUGCUGGGCCAAACCAAAAACCCAGUUGAAAGUUCUGUACUCUUGUUUUGUUUUUGUUUUUUCCUUAGCUUAUAUUGAGACUAUUUGCAGCUUUGAAAUUUAAGUAGGAUAGAUUUAAUGAAAUCUGUACAUUUUUUUCUGAAUUGUUUUGAAAUUUGAAAACAAUAGUUUUACAUGUUUUAUGACCAUAACUUAUUUGUAUCCAUGCUCUGUCAACAGUUCCAACAUAAUUACAACAUCUGAUGAAUUCUACAAUGCCUUUAGUGUUGAGGUGAAGUGUAAUACUGAAGAAAUAUAAUGACUAUAUUAGUCCAUAUCAUAAUUUGAAUUUUAUUCAAAUGUAAAAUGAAUGUCAUAAGUGAACGUGUUUUUUUUUUUGUGUUUUCAGUGCAAUAGGUAUGGUAAGCAAGCAUGCUAAUUUUAUAUAGGAUGGAUAACAGGUUUUUUAGUUCAUUAUUUGUUGAUAGAAAUCAGAGAUUAUUUUGAAUAAGCAUUGUUUAAUUUUUCAUAUUUGAUCAUAAUGCAGUUGUUUUCGAAUAACUGUUUAUUAGGAUAUAAAAUUCAUUAAACUAUA